GUUGGCACAUUUGGCAGCAUCCUUCUCCAAUGCCCUUUUUUUCAGCCCCUCCUGGCCUCUUCCUCCCAUCCGUCCUCCCUGACGUGUGUAGCCUAAUUUAAGAGAAGAUGGACCAACGUGACAUUCUCCACCGGCCCUGAAGUGAAGCCCCCCCCACCGGGAACUCUCCCGAUUCUCCUGAUUACCCCGAGUCUGCCUGUGCUCAUUAGCAGGCACCCACUUAAAUGCAUCUCCAUGGCAAUGCUUCACCCUGUGGCCAAAGGCAGGAACUGCACGUCCCUAUUCACCCGGUGUGAAUGUCCUAUGUCCCAGGGGACAAAGAGACAUAUGGGGAGAACAGAGCGCUGCUGCACAAUCACACCAGCCUUGAGGGGCGAGGAGCAAAGAGGAAACGGGCAGCAUUUGAACGCCCCCCCCCCCCCCCCACUGAGGGACCACAUCAGGAGCCGCAAUGACACAACCAACGUCUAAAAAACAGGCAUUUAAAAAGUGUCGCAGUGCUACUUUCUGCAUCGAUGGCUUCAGCUUCACCAUUGUUGCCAACGAGGCGGGGCCGAGCUCCCGCUCUCCACUGGCCCACUUGGCACGCUCACGGUCCCAGAAUGCACUGUGCACUGCCGUCCCAGCUGCUGUUGGCAUCACUGACUACAACGGAAUUCAGAAUGAAGAGAUCCUGGCCGAUGAGCUGCCGGUCCUUGGUGCCCCGGACACCGUGCAGAAGACUGCUGACAGGUUGCGCUGUCUUGUGAAGCAGCUGGAAAGGGGGGAGGCAUCUGUGGUUGACCUGAAGAAAAACCUGGACCACGCCGCCUCAGUCCUAGAAUCUCUGUACAUUGAGGAAGCCAGGCAGCUGGUGGAUCCAGAGGACGAGCUGGGGGACAUCCGGUCGGACUCGGUGCCGUCAGAGGUUCGGGACUGGCUGGCUUCCACUUUUACCCGGCAGACGGUCCUGAUGCUGCGCCGUAGCGACGACAAGCCGCGCUUCCGCAGCAUCGUCCAUGCAGUGCAGGCUGGCAUCUUUGUGGAGAGGAUGUACAGACGGACCUCCCACAUCGUCGGUCUUACUUAUCCACAAGACGUCAUCACUGUUCUCAAGCAUGUGGACACGUGGUCCUUUGAUGUGUUUGCACUGAACGAUGCCAGUGGGGACCACGCUCUAAAAUUCAUCUUCUAUGAGCUAUUCACCAGAUAUGACUUGAUCAACCGUUUCAAGGUCCCGGUUUCUGCCCUCAUAUCCUUCGUGGACUCGUUGGAAGUGGGCUACAGCAAACACAAGAAUCCCUAUCACAACCUGAUGCAUGCGGCUGACGUCACACAGACCAUUCAUUACCUCCUCCUCAAGACCGGCAUGGUGCACUGGCUCAGUGAGUUGGAGAUCUUUGCCAUCAUUUUUGCAGCUGCCAUUCAUGACUACGAGCACACAGGCACCACCAACAACUUCCACAUCCAGACAAGGUCAGACACCGCCAUGUUGUACAAUGACCGAGCUGUUCUGGAGAACUACCACGUCAGUGCUGCAUAUCGCCUUCUACAGCACAGUGAUGACAUGAACAUUCUCUCUAAUCUCUCCAAAGACGACUGGAGAGAGCUUCGGGCUCUGGUGGUGGAGAUGGUGUUGGCCACAGACAUGUCCUGCCACUUCCAGCAGAUCAAAGGGAUGAAAAGCCACCUGCAGCAACAUGAGGCGCUGGACAAACCAAAGGCCUUAUCCCUGCUGCUGCACACUGCAGACAUCAGCCACCCUGCCAAGCGCUGGGACCUCCAUCAUCGCUGGACCACAUCCCUUCUGGAGGAGUUCUUUAGACAGGGUGAUAAAGAGGCAGAGCUGGGUCUACCGUUCUCUCCUCUCUGUGACCGCAAAUCCACCAUGGUGGCACAGUCUCAGAUUGGAUUCAUCGACUUCAUCGUGGAACCAACAUUCACAGUGCUGACAGAAAUGAUGGAGAGAAUUGUGACUGGGCUCGUUGAGGAGGCGUCGCCAUCUGGAACGGCGGCCUUCAGACGCUCCAGUGACUACAGCGUCAGUGGCAGCGAUGGAAAGCGGUCCAGUGUGAAGAGUACAGGCUCAGAGGGCAGCUGCUCUCUGACCACGGUGGACUUCAAGGGCUUCAAGGUCACAUGGAACAAGGAGAUUCUCCACAACAGGGAGACGUGGAAGGCCCAGGCAACCAGAGACCUGGAGGAAAAGGUCAAGACGGAGGCAGCGGAGAGUGGCCAGCAAGAGACGGACACAGCAGAGGAGACACAGCCAGAGAGACACAAUUCAGGACAGAAGAUGAAGACAGAUGUGCAGCAGGAGGUACAAGAGUCCAAAGAGGAGGAAGGACGAAAUAAGCCAGGUGAACCUUCAGCAUCAGGCCCAAAUUACACCGAGGCAAAGCCUGAGGAGCACAAUGAGAAGCAGCAGUGCCAGAAGGGCCCUCAGCCUGACCGCCCUCUGAUGCAUUACACCAAGAGACCCAGCUACUCUGCCGGCUCCUACCGGAUGCUCAGGUCAAAGGUCAAUGAGAUGCGGCCCAUUGAUGCCAGGGGGAAAGCUAGGAGACUGCAGCGCAUCUCUCUGCGGCGCCGGAAAUGAGGCCGUAGUGUGAAGUCCUCCCAUCACACGGUGAUGGGUUGGACUUGUUUCCUUAACACGUGUCCUUCACUCUUUCUGCAUUGUUCCCACUUUGUUUCUUUUCCCUUUUGGGGACCAACUACUCUUAAAGUUUGCAUCAUUUCCUCAUUGCGUAUUUGUGGUUUUAUUAUUUAAAUGUACAUUGAUGAAAGGAACGUAUUAUACGGUAUAUGUUGUUCUGAAUGUAGUAGGCUUUCAUAUUGCUUUUCCUAUUCAGUAGUGUUCUCUUUUUGUGUUGAACUAAAUAAUAAGAAAUGUCUGUCCUAAAAUUGUCUGAAAUCAUCUUGUCUAAAUACCUCAUUACAAUGUUAACAUUGA